AUGGAAGCGAAACCCUUGGACUUUGCUGCAGGUCCGCUAGUUUGGAUUGACUGCGAAAUGACGGGUCUCAAUCCGCGCAAGGAUAGAAUCUUGGAGAUUGCAGUGUUGAUUACGAACGGAAACUUGGAGACCGUCGACCAAGGCAUUUCGUACAUUAUCAAGACAGACAAGGAGUUACUCGAGAAUAUGGGCGAAUGGUGUCGAGACACUCACGGCGCGAGCGGCUUGACGCAAGCAUGCAUAAAUUCGCCUCACAGCAAAGACUUCGUCCGACAAGAAGUCCUCAACUACAUCAAGAAGUGGAUACCCAACAACCGGGUGGGCGUACUCGCCGGAAAUUCCGUUCAUAUGGACAGGGCAUUCCUCGUUGAGGAAAUGCCAGAAAUUGUUGACUGGCUGCAUUAUCGCAUAGUCGAUGUAUCGUCCAUCAAAGAACUCGCGCGGCGGUGGUAUAGGACAUCGAAGACGCAGGUCCCAAAAGAGCCUGCUCACAGGCGAGCCUUCUCCUCUUCCUCCACAAGCAGCUCCUCAUUUUUCCGCAGAGCUCUCGACGAUAUCCAAGGGUCUAUCAGGGAACUGAAGUGGUAUCGGGAGAAUCUAUUCUUGCCGCCAAGCUUGGCACCUGUCGUAGAGCAAGGUCGCCGGUAUUAG